AUGGAGCUGAGUGUGGAGCUGAGUGUGCUUUUCAUUAUGGAGCUGAGUGUGCUUUGAUUAGUGAGACGAGGAAAGAAUGAAUAUGAGAUGUAGUUCCUCUAGUAAUGUAGCGUCAUCAGUGAAUAAAGAAGAGCUGACUAGCCAUCCUCUUUCUGAAUAAAUCUAGAACUCUGUGUGAUAUGAAACACAAACAGUCUGGAAGAUUGGCUGACAAAGUCUAAAUUGGAAGAGAGAAAAUAGUUGUGGUGUUAUCACAGUGAUAUUUAACAACCUGUGGUGUCAUCAUACAGUGAUAUUUAACAUCCUGUGGUGUCAUCAUACACAGUGAUAUUUAACAUCCUGUGUUGUCAUCAUACACAGUGAUAUUUAACAACCUGUGGUGUCAUCAUACACAGUGAUAUUUAACAUCCUGUGGUGUCAUCAUACACAGUGAUAUUUAACAACCUGUGGUGUCAUCAUACACAGUGAUAUUUAACAUCCUGUGGUGUCAUCAUACACAGUGAUAUUUAACAUCCUGUGGUGUCAUCAUACACAGUGAUAUUUAACAUCCUGUGGUGUCAUCAUACACAGUGAUAUUUAACAUCCUGUGGUGUCAUCAUACACAGUGAUAUUUAACAUCCUGUGGUGUCAUCAUACACAGUGAUAUUUAACAACCUGUGGUGUCAUCAUACACAGUGAUGGGGGGGGGGGGGGGGGGACUCCUAAACUAUAUGGAAUUGUUUUAAUAAGGUCAUACCAAGGAUCAUUUAGCUAUUUGAUAAAAAAUAAUAAAAAAAAGAUGAAAAAUGAUUUUUGGCCUUACUGCUAUUAGCCCUUUCACUACAUGGAACAACAGAUAGUCCCCCCAAAAACUCCAAAGGAAAUUUGUUCUGAAGUCUGUCCUGUAUCUGAGAGAUAUAAGAAAGAUCAGGAAACAUUUGUUAUUUUUUUUGACAUGUAUUUAACCCCAUAUUAUUGGCUCUAAACAGUCUCUGUAUAUAUACAGUACAUCCAUUCAUUUUUUUUCAACUGGUACCGGGGGACAUUCAGACAACUGGUACCGGGGGACAUUCAGACGAGUUUUGUGAGGCCUGUGGGGCGUCCUAGAGCAGAACAACCGGCACGUACCUGUUUGUGAGAGUCUCACCGUUCCACAGAGGGGUCAUAUAAGUGUGUUUUUAGAACACUUGGAAAUAUGAUUUAUGCAUCCUUGUUUAUUAUCAUAAUGUGUAUAGAUUUCUCCUCUUUCACGCAUUGCUGGAACUUUGGCUACCAGCUUUGUGCCUUUGUGAACAACCUCCAGAUGCUUUUUUUCAGGUUUGAUGUGGUGGUUCUGGACGCACUGGCGGACUUACCACUAGGCAGAAGAGGCAAUUGCCUCAGGCCUCAAAUCAUCAACGGGCCUCAUGAGCUGGACAUAAUAUAAUAAUAUUAGCUUUUUAAAAUAUAUACAUUUUAAAAUAAUUUCUCAGCUUGAGGCCCCCGAUGCUCCGCUCGACGCAUUAUAAAUAAAUACAAAAAAAAUCUCCAUCUAAAUCUCUAAGCUAGAGAGAUCUGUUUUAUUUUUUUGCAAGGGCGCAUCCACCGAUGUCGGCCUUCCGCUUCUGCGGUGAAAGGUGGCAGUGCUACACAGUCUUUGUCAGACCAGGAGAAAUCUCGAAAAUCGACUUUGUCACGAAAACGUCUGAAUGGUUUGACCUCUGCUUUGCUCUACAACGAGUGUCAACGGACUCGUCUGAAGGUAACCCGGUACCGGGACAAAAUAUGAAUGGAAAUGAAUAGGGCAAAUGAGCUUUCUGAUAUCUAUCACAUAGAGGAAAAACAGUUCAAAACAAACUUCCUAUUGAUAAAAUGAUUUACUAUCCGUUAUUCAAUGCGUUUCUAUGGGCUAAUAGCAGUAAGGCCAAAUUCAAUGUAGAUAUAUAUAUAUUUGUUAUACCUACAGGGGUCCUACAAUUCCAAAUCAAAUAUCUACAGCGCCUUCAGAAAGUAUUAACACCCCUUGAGUUUUUCCACAUUUUGUUGUUAGAAAGUGGAAUUAAAAUGGAUUUAAUUCUCAUUGUUUGUCAAAAAAUCUACACAAAAUAUUCUAUAACGUCAAAGUGGAAGAAAAAUUAUAAUAUUUGUAGAAAAUAAAACUCAAAACACUAACACAUCUUCAUUAAAUAAAUAUUCAACCCCCUGAGUCAAUACAAGUUAGUGUCACACCCUGAUCUGUUUCACCUGUCUUUGUGAUUGUCUCCACCCCCCUCCAGGUGUCGCCCAUCUUCCCCAUUAUCCCCUGAGUAUUUAUACCUGUGUUCUCUGUUUGUCUGUUGCCAGUUUGUUUUGUUUCGUCAAGCCUACCAGCAUUUUUCCCCUUGCUGCUGUCUUUCUCAAGUUCCUGUUUUCUAGUUUUCCAGGUUUUGACCAUUCUGCCUGCCCUGACCCUGAGACUGCCUGCUGUUCUGUAACUUUUCACACCACCCUGGAUAAUUGACCUCUGCCCUUGACCUGUCGUUUGCCUGCCUCCUGUUUUUGUAAUAAACUUUUGAUACUUCGACACUAUCUGCAUCUGGGUCUUCUCCUGAAACGUGAUAGUACGAACUGGCCAAGAAUGACCCAGCAGACUCGGAUCAGCUCCGCAACGCCAUCUCCUCCCAAGGAGCCACCAUUGGAAGGCACGAGGAGUUGCUUCGUGGUCUCAUGGAAGGGUUCCAGACCUUGGCCGAAUGCCAAGACCGAGCGAUUAACACAUUGCUGGAGUAAAUCCCGGGGUUGUCUGUUAGGCAGCCUACCAUGACGGUAACCUCCCAGCCCCCCUCCCCGGCCACCCGGUUUCCCGAGAACCCCGCUUACCUCCCCCGGAAUGCUUCGCUGAAGAGUCAGGAACCUGUUGGGCAUUUCUCACUUAGUGUUCACUCAUCAUCUUUGAGCUGCAGCCCUCCUCCUUCUCCUCAGACCACUCUAAGACAGCCUCAUCACGCUGAUGUCCGGGAGGGCUCUCGCCUGGGCUACGGCGGUGUGGGAACAACAGUCGGCAGUAUGCUUCAGUCUGGAGGAGUUCAUGCAGGAGGUAAAGAGGGUUUUCGAUGCUCCAUUGUCCAGGAGAGAGGCUGCCAGGAAGUUGCUCCAGCUUUGGCAAGAAUCCCACUGUGUGGCAGACUAUUCGGUGGAUUUCCGCACGUUAGCAGCUGAGUGUGCCUGGAACCCAGAGGCACUGUUCAACACGUUCCUGCGCGGAGUAUCGGAGGAGGUAAAGGACGAGCUUGCAGCCCGGGAGCUACUGAUGGAUCUCGAAUCGCUCAUCUCCUUGACCAUUCGGAUCGAUGGGCGACUACGGGAACGAAGGAAGGAGAGGAUGUCCGAUUCCACUCGCCCGCCCAAGGAUUCCACCUCGCCGCCGAGGCAUUCCCCCGAGAGUCUCCGAAGUCUGCCGAUUCACCUCUUCCCGAGCCGAUGCAACUAGGCAGAGCUAGGCUGUCUCCAGCCGAAUGGCAAUACAGGCUUCACACGAAGAGUUGCCUGUAUUGCAGGACUACUGGUUAUUUUGUGUCCACCUGUCUACUAAAAGACCAGGCUCACUCGUAGGAGCGAGUACUCUGGUGGGCCAUAUGGAGAACUUUUCCUCUCCCGUUACUCGCACCCCAUUUCAUGCCAUCUUGCUGUGGGGGAACCAGAAGAAAUCUCUCCGGGUACUCAUCGACUCUGGGGCUGAUGAGAGCUUUAUGGACGCUACCCUGAUGUUCGAGCUGGGCAUCCCCACUCAGCCCCUCACCAUUCCCAUGGAUGUUAGAGCACUGGAUGGGUGCUCUAUAGGCCGGGUCACCCACAAUACCACCCGCAUCAACCUACGAGUAUCAGGGAACCACAGCGAGACGAUCAAAUUCCUGCUAAUUAAGUCUCCUCAGGUUCCCAUGGUAUUGGGUUUCUCUUGGCUUCAGCGACACAACCCGUUUAUUGACUGGUGCCAUCAUGGUCUGGAGCCCAUUCUGCCACGCUCAUUGCCUGAAGUCAGCGCAGCCUGCCCCGGGACGUCUUCCUGGGGGCUCGGAAGUUGCCUCGGACCUCUCCACCAUUCCCGCGGAGUACCAUGACUUCUGGGAGGUGUUCAGUAAGGCCCUGGCUACUUUGCUUCCGCCGCACCGACCCUACAACUGUGGAUUCAACCUUCUUCCAGCCACCACUCCGCCCCAGGGAUGACUGUACUCACUGUCGGGUCCGGAGAUCAAGGCUAUGGAGACCUACAUUGAGGACUCCCUAGCUGCCGGGUUCAUCUGUCCUUCUGCCUCCCCUGCCAGCGCAGGGUUCUCUUUGUGGAGAAGAAGGACAAAACCCUGCGCCCGUGCAUCGACUACCGAGGCCUCAACGACAUCACGGUGAAGAACCACUACCUGCUACCACUCAUCUCCUUGGCCUUUGAGCCGCUCCAGGGGGCCUACGUGUUCUCCAAGCUGGACCUACGGAACGCCUACCACCUGGUGUGGAUACGGGAGGGGGACGAGUGGAUGACUGCCUUCAACACGGCCAGCGUUCACUACGAGUAUCUGGUCAUGCCAUUUGGUCUUACCAAUGCUCCAGCUGUGUUCCAGGCCCUGGUUAAUGAUGUUCUCCGUGACAUGUUGAACCGGUUCAUCUUCGUCUACCUCGACGACAUCCUCAUCUUCGCCCGCUCCACCGAAGAACAUGCGCUCCUUGGUCCUGGAGUGGGCCCACUCCUCCAGGCUUGCCUGCCACCUGGACUCCCGUCGGACCCUGUCCUUUGUGCGACAACGCUUUUGGUGGCCUAUCAUGGUUCCUGAUGUCUCCGCAUUUGUCACCGCCUGCAUGAUCUGUGCACAGAAUAAAACUCCUCUGCAAGCUCCGGCUGGUCUCCUCCAACCUCUGCCUGUACCUCACCGUCCCUGGUCUCACAUAUCCCUGGACUUUGUCACAGGUCUCCCCCGUCUGACGGCAACACCGCCAUCCUGACAGUUGUGGACUGGUUAUCCAAAGCCGCCCACUUCAUUCCUCUCCCCAAGCUACCCUCCGCCAAAGAGACGGCCCAGCUCAUACCAAUAAUUGUAUGUGGGGUACAGAGAUGAGGUAGUCAUUCAAAAAUCGUGUUAAACACUAUUAUUGCACACAGAGGGAGUCCAUGCAACUUAUUAUGUGACAUGUUAAGCACAUUUUUACUCCUGAACUUAUUUAGGCUUGCCAUAACAAAGGGGUUGAAUACUUAUUGACUCAAGACAUUUCAGCUUUUCAUUUUUAAUUAAUUUUAAAAAAUAUCUAAAAACAUAAUUCCACUUUGACAUAAUGGGCUAUUGUGUUUAGUUCAGUGACCAAAAAAUUACAAUUUAAUUCAUUUUGAAUUCAGGCUGUAACACAACAAAAUGUUAAAUAAGUCAAGGGGUAUGAACACUUUCUGAAGGCACCGUAAAUUAUCCUUGGUAUGACCAUCUUAAAACAAUUCCAUAUGUUAGCUUAAAAGUAGAAGUCGCAUCGCCAUACCUCCAAAAUCAUGUCGCUGUCACGCCUCCCUUGGAGGUCUGGAGAAUUUUGUAUUACAAAAAACGGUUUGAAUGGUCUGUUGGCUCCAAGCGGCAAAAUGUUGAUUGGAUGUUACAUUUCAAGAACCUUCCCCACAUGCCCUUUGGUGCUGCGUGUUAUGUUCGUCGCUGUUUUCAGACUGGGAAGGACACAUUUUGCAGAGAGUUUUUCCUGUAUGCUAGUUUGCAACAUGGCAGAAAAUGGAAGAAACCCUGUAGGAAAAAUGUAAUUCUGUUUUGUCAGAAGUGUGUUCCCUACACAAAAUUGAUAUAUAUCAACAUAUUUUGAUGGGGUUUUAAUCGGCGAGUUCUCGGCCAUCCUCACGAUAGAUUGUAAAAAUAAUCGUUGUGCACCCUGGAGGGGUGAGGCAGGGGGAGAUGGAGGGCUGAGGCAUGGGGAAGUGGAGGGGUGAAGCAGGGUGAGAUGGAGGGGUGAGGCAGGGGGGAUGGGGAGGUGGAGGGGUGAGGCAGGGGGAGAUGGAGGGCUGAGGCAGGGGGGGAUGGAGGGGUGAGGCAGGGGGAGAUGGAGGGCUGAGGCAGGGGGGAUGGAGGGGGUGAGGCAGGGGGGAUGGAGGGGUGAAGCAUGGGGAGGUGGAGGGGUGAGGCAGGGGGAGAUGGAGGGCUGAGGCAGGGGGGGAUGGAGGGGUGAGGCAGGGGGAGAUGGAGGGCUGAGGCAGGGGGGAUGGAGGGGUGAGGCGGGGUGGAUGGAGGGCUGAGGCAGGGGGGAUGGAGGGGUGAGGCAUGGGAGGUGGAGGGGUGAGGCAGGGGGGAUGGAGGUGUAAGCAGGGGGGAUGGAGGGGUGAGGCAUGGGAAGGUGGAGGGGUGAGGCAGGUGGGAUGGAGGGGUGAGGCAGGGGGGAUGGAGGGGUGAGGCAGGGGGGAUGGAGGGGUGAGGCAAGGUGGGGAGGAUCGUGGGGAGAUGUGGCGGUGAAGGGGUGAGGAUUUUUCCAGGUGCAGUUUGAGUGAUAGCAUUAAUCACACACCUGCGCGCACACACACACACACACACACACACGCACACACCUCUACUGUGACAUCAAUGACCUGACACUGUACUGUACGCGACCCACGCUACUGUCCAUGUUCCUUUGCAGAUACACUAUACAUGCCACACAUACAACAUACUUCAACCACACAAGACAAGGGAGGAAAGCCUAGAUUUACAGAGAAAGGCGCUAUACUUCCCCCAUUUUCCUCCAAAAAAAUGGCUCAAAAUCAACUGGUACUUUGUAUCACAGAGUAGGUGACUACAGUUCACAGUUCUGUUGCCAGGACAUUUAUCAAAGUAAGAUCAACAUGUUUGAAGCUAACGCUCUCCUCCUCUCCUCUCCUCUCCUCUCCUCUCCUCUCCCUCCUCUCCCUCCUCUCCUCUCCUCUCCUCUCCUCCCUCCUCUCCUCUCCUCUCCUCUCUUCUCUACCCCUCUCCUCUCCUCUCCUCUCCUCCUCUCCUCUCCUCUCCUCUCUCUUCCACUCCUCUCCUCUCCUCUCCUCUCCUCUCCUCUCCUCUCCCUCUCUCUCCUCUCCUCUCCUCUCCUCUCCUCUCCUACCCCCCCCCUCCUCUCCCUCGUCCCCUCCCACUCAACCUCGUCCUCUCCUCUCGCUCUCCUCUCUCUCCUCUCCUCCUCCUCUCCUCUCCUCUCCUCUCCUCUCUUCUCCUCUCCUCUCCUCUCCUCUCCUCUCCUCUCUCCUCUCCUCCAUCCUCUCCCUCUUGUCCUCCUACUCUCCUCUCCUCCUCCUCUCCUCUUCCUUCUCCCUCUCCUCCCUCUCCUCUCCUCUCCUCUCCAUCUCCUCUCCUUCUCCUCUCCUCUGCCUUCCUCUCCUCUCUCCUCCCUCCCUCCUCCUCGCUCCUCCUCUCCCUCAGUCCUCUCUCCUCUCCUCUCCUUCUCCUCUCGCUCUCCUCUCCUCGUCCUCUCCUCUCCUCUCCUCUCCUCUCCUCUCUUUUACUCCUCACUCCUCUCCAUCAUCCUCACUGUCUCUCCUCUCUCUAUUCUCUCUCUCCUCUCAUCUCCUCUCUCCUCUCUCCUCUCCUCCAUCCUCUCCAUCUCCUCCGCCUCCUCUCCUUCUCCUCUCCUCUCCUCUCCUCUCCUCUCCUCUCCUCUCCUUUACCCAUCCGCUCCUCUCCUCCCUCUCCUCUCCUCUUCCCUCGCCUCUCGUCCUCCGUCUCCUCUCCUCUUCCUCUCCUCUCCCCUCUCCUCUCCUCUCCUCUCCUCUCCUCUCCCUCUCCUCUCCUCUCCCUCCUCCUCUCCUCUCCCUCCUCCCUCUCUCUCUCUCCUCCUCUCCUCCACUCCUCUCCUCCUCUCCCUCUCCUCUCUCUCUUCCUCUCUCUCCUCUCCUUCUCCUACUCCUCUCCUCUCCUCCCUCUCUCUCCUCUCCUCUCCCUCCUCUCUCCUCCUGCUCCCUCUCCUCUCUCCUCUCUCUCCUCUCCUCUCUCUCCUCUCCUCUCCUCUCUCCUCUCUUCCUCUCCUCAUCCUCUCCUCUAUCCUCUCCUCUUCCUCUCUUCCUUCUUCCUUGCUCCUCUCUCGCUCUCCUCUCCUCUCCUUUCCUUCUCUUCCUAUCCUCGUCUCUCCUCUCUUCUUCCUCUCCUCCUUCUUCUCCUAUGCCUCUCCUCAUCUCACCUCUCCUCUAGUUCCUUCCUCCUCUCCUCUAUCCUCCUCUUUCUUUCCUCUCUCGUCUAUUCUCUCUCCUCUCCUCUCCUCGACCAUCAUCUCAUUACAUCUCUUCUAGCCUUCUCUCCCUCAAAUCUAUCUCUCUCCUCCUCUCCGCCUCUCUCACAUCUCUCUUCUUUCUCCUCUUCCUCUCCUCACACCUCUACCUCUCCUCUCCUCUCCUCUGUCCCUCUCCCUCUCCUCUCCUCUCCUCUCUUCCUCUCGCUCCUCCUCCUCCUCCCCUCCUCUCCUCUCCUCUCCUCCUCUCCUCUCCUCAUUCCUCUCGCUCUCCUCUCCUCUCCUCUCCCUCCUCUCCUCUCUCCUUUCCCUCUCCUCUCCUCUCUCCGUUUCCCUCUCCUGUUCUCUUCUCUCUCCUUCCUAUCUCCUCUCCUUUCCCUCUUCUCCUCCUCCUCCUCUUCCUCCUUCUCCUCUUCCUCCACUUCCUCUCCUCCUCCUCUCUCUCCUCUCGGUUCCUCCUUCCUCUAUUCUUCUCUCUUCUGCCUCUCCUCUCCUCUCCUUUCCUCUCCUUCUCCUCUUUCUCUCCUCUUCUCUUCCUCUCCUCCUUCCUCUCCUCUCCUCUCCUUCUCGUCUUUCCUCUCUCCUUCUUGUCUCCCUCUCUCUUCUCCUUUCCUCAGUCCUCUCUCCUUUCCUCGUUCCCUCCUCUCCUCUCCUCUCUCGUCUUUGUUUUUCCUCCUCUCCUCCUCUCUCCCUCUCCUCUCCUUUCCUCUCCUCUUCCUCUCCUCUCCUCUCCUUCUCCUUUCCUUUCCCUUCUCCUAUCCUCUCCUCUCCCUCUCUCUUCCUCUCUUUCUCUCCUCUUCUCCUCCUCCUCUUUCCCCUUCGUCCUCCACUCCUCUCCUCCUCUCAUUUCCCUUUUCCCGCUCCCCUCUCUCUCUUCCCUCUCCUGACCUUCUCCUCUCCUCUCCUCUCUCUCUCUCUCUCCUCUCCUCUCCCCGUCCUCUCCUCCCUCCUCUCCUCUCUCUUCCUCUCCUCUCCUCUCCUCUCCCUCCUCCUCCUUCCUCUUUCCUUAUUUCCCUCUUCCCUUCCUCUCCUCUCCUCUCCUCUCCCUCUCUCCUCCUUCUCCUCUCUUCCUCCUCUCCUCAUCCUCCUCCUUCUCCUCUCCUCUUCUCUCUUCUCCUCCCUUCUCUCUUCUUUCCUCUUGCUUCUCUUUUCCUUCUUUCCUCUUUCCUCUCUCUCUCUCUUCCUUCUUUCCCUCUCCUUUCCGUUCUUUUCUUCCCCUCUUCUCCUCUCUUUCUCCUCCCUCUCUCUCCUCAUCUCCUUUCUUCUCUACCCUCCUGUCCUCUCCUCCUCUCUCCCCUCUCCUCCUCUCCCUCCUCUCCUCUCGCUCUCUUCACUUCUUCUUCUCUCUUUCUUCUCUCCUCCUCUUCUUCUCUUCCUGCUCCUCUUCUCUCUCCGUCCUCUCUUUUCCUCUCUCUCUCCUCCUGCUCCUUUUCCUCUCCUCCUCCUCUCCUUCUCUCUCCUCUCUCUUCCUCUUUCUCUCCUCAUUAUUACCUUCCUUCGUUCCUCUCUUCUUCGUUUCUUCCCUUUCCCCCUCUUCUCUCUCUCUCCUCUUCUCUCCUCAUCUUCCUCUCCUCCCUCCUCCCUCUUUCUUCUCUUCCUCUCCUCUCUCCUCCUCUCUCUCUUCCCCUCUUGCCUCUCCUCUCUCCUCUCUCGUUCAUCUCCUCUCCUCUCUUCCUCCUCUCUGAUUCUCAUCUCUUCUUCUCUCUCUCUCUCUCCUCUUUCCUCUCUUAAUCUUCCUUAUCUCCUUUUCUCUCUUCUCCUCUCCGCUCCUCUCUUCUCCUCUCCUCUCCUCCCUCUCCUCUCCUUCUCUCCUCUCCUCUCCCUCCUCCUCCUCUCCUCUCCUCUCCCCUCUCAUCUCCCCUUCUCUUUUUAACACUUCUCGCCCGUAACACAGUCCGUGGUGUUUGAGUGUGUGUGAUAUAUGAGUCAGUAAUGCCUCUCAGACCGAAGCGAUCCCACAUUCCAGGAAGGUUAAACCAACAGGAGGAAAAAGCUGCCCUUUCCUCAGCACUAACAGGUAGUGCCUUGUGUGGCUCAGCUGGUAGAGCAUGGCACUCGCCAUGCCAGGGUUGUGGGUUCGAUUUCCAAGGGGGACCAGUCCGAAGAAGUAUGAGUACAUAUGCACUCUGCUGUAAGUCUUUCUGGAUAAGAGUCGCUGCUAAAAUGUAAAAAUGUUCAGGUGCUGCCACACACAGGUCAGUACAAAAACAGUCAUUAGCUUCAACACUCCAUAUUCCACGCACAAUUGGCCCGGGGUAGGCCGUCAUUGUAAAUAACUAUUUGUUCUUAACUGACUUGCCUAGUUAAAUAAAAUAAUUACAUUGCAGGAAUAUUGGCUGGAGUGGAAUACAGGAAAUGGUAUCAAACGUAGUUUCCAUGUGUUUGAUGACAUUCCAUUCCAUUUGCUCCGUUCCAGACAUUACUAUGAGCCGUUCUCCCCUCAGCAGCCUCCACCGAUCUAUACUAAUUACACUGCAGGAAUAUUGAGCAUAACUCUAUUCUAAUUACACUGUAGGAAUAUUGAGCAUAACUCUAUACUAAUUACACUGUAGGAAUAUUGAGCAUAACUCUAUUCUAAUUACACUGCAGGAAUAUUGAGCAUAACUCUAUUCUAAUUACACUGCAGGAAUAUUGAGCAUAACUCUAUUCUAAUUACACUGUAGGAAUAUUGAGCAUAACUCUAUACUAAUUACACUGCAGGAAUAUUGAGCAUAACUCUAUACUAAUUACACAGUAGGAAUAUUGAGCAUAACUCUAUUCUAAUUACACUGCAGGAAUAUUGAGCAUAACUCUAUUCUAAUUACACUGCAGGAAUAUUGAGCAUAACUCUAUUCUAAUUACACUGCAGGAAUAUUGAGCAUAACUCUAUUCUAAUUACACUGUAGGAAUAUUGAGCAUAACUCUAUACUAAUUACACUGCAGGAAUAUUGAGCAUAACUCUAUACUAAUUACACUGUAGGAAUAUUGAGCAUAACUCUAUUCUAAUUACACUGCAGGAAUAUUGAGCAUAACUCUAUUCUAAUUACACUGCAGCCCUCAGAAAUAUACGCUGCAUUCCAGAUGGCACCGUAGGGUCCCUGGUCAAUAGUAGUGCACUAUAUAGGGAAUAGGCCAUUUAGGACAAUAAGUUUCCAUCCAAUUGGCAACAGAUUUUCAUGCAAAUAAUUAUAAAAAUCUGCAUAAAAACAAUAUGCUGAUUUUCCCACCAGAGAUUUCCAUCUAAUUGACUUAGUGCACAUAAAAAUACCUUUCGUGGUUAAAUUCACAAAUUCAAAAAGACAAGUUAAAUGGGUUUCCGUCUCAUUUUCAACUCUACUGAUGGUUUUCUCACAAAAAAAACAUUUGCGUUACAUAGCGAGUGCCCACUCUGGUAUUGGCAUGUGCCCUCCAGCCAACAGUGGGCACUGUAUCUGCACGAUGACAUCAUUAUGGACAAAAGAGCGAGAUUAUUUUUAUUUGUCAAACGGCAGCCAAGCAACGACGAUCAAUCAUGUCACCAGAAUAUGACUUCUCUAUAUUUAUUGGAUCACCGUGCACGUUCACCACCCUGUGAAGUUCAUCGUAACUUAUUUCAUCUGUAGCCUGAUAAACUGCAUGGUUUCCCAACGAGUCCUAGUGGGAGGACCACACGUGUCACAUGUCAUGAUUAUUAUAUCAAUAUUAGCUCACAAAAGCAUUUCCACUGACAUUUCUCGCAUUAUUCAUUUUACUGACACAAAAAAGAUCCCACCUUGUCUAGCGAAAUGUGUUUAGUCGACAUUUGGAAAGUUUAAAUGUUUUAUCCGACAUGUACUUUACUCACAGAACGAUGUUGGAUGGAAACAUGGUUACAGACAUACAUUCUGGAUCUACUGUUCACUCUGGAUCUACUGUUCACUCUGGAUCUACUGUUCACUCUGGAUCUACUGUUCACUCUGGAUCUACUGUUCACUCUGGAUCUACUGUUCACUCUGGAUCUACUGUUCACUCUGGAUCUACUGUUCACUCAGAUCUACUGUUCACUCAGAUCUACUGUUCAUUCUGGAUCUACUGUUCACUCUGGAUCUACUGUUCAUUCUAGAUCUAAUGUUCAUUCUGGAUCUACUGUUCACUCAGAUCUACUGUUCAUUCUAGAUCUACUGUACAUUCUAGAUCUACUGUACAUUCUAGAUCUACUGUUCACUCUAGAUCUACUGUUCAUUCUAGAUCUACUGUACAUUCUAGAUCUACUGUACAUUCUAGAUCUACUGUACAUUCUGGAUCUACUGUUCACUCAGAUCUACUGUUCAUUCUGGAUCUACUGUUCAUUCUAGAUCUACUGUUCAUUCUAGAUCUACUGUUCAUUCUAGAUCUACUGUUCAUUCUGGAUCUACUGUUCAUUCUAGAUCUACUGUUCACUUAGAUCUACUGUUCACUCAGAUCUACUGUUCACUCUGGAUCUACUGUUCACUCAGAUCUACUGUUCACUCUGGAUCUACUGUUCACUCUGGAUCUACUGUUCACUCUGGAUCUACUGUUCACUCUGGAUCUACUGUUCACUCAGAUCUACUGUUCACUCUGGAUCUACUGUUCACUCUGGAUCUACUGUUCACUCUGGAUCUACUGUUCACUCUGGAUCUACUGUUCACUCAGGAUCUACUGUUCACUCUGGAUCUACUGUUCACUCUGGAUCUACUGUUCACUCUGGAUCUACUGUUCACUCUGGAUCUACUGUUCAUUCUAGAUCUACUGUUCACUCAGAUCUACUGUUCAAUCUGGAUCUACUGUUCACUCUGGAUCUACUGUUCACUCUGGAUCUACUGUUCAUUCUAGAUCUACUGUUCACUCAGAUCUACUGUUCACUCUAGAUCUACUGUUCACUCUAGAUCUACUGUUCACUCUGGAUCUACUGUUCACUCUGGAUCUACUGUUCAUUCUGGAUCUACUGUUCAUUCUGGAUCUACUGUUCACUGUAGAUCUACUGUUCACUCUGGAUCUACUGUACAUUCUAGAUCUACUGUUCACUCAGAUCUACUGUUCACUCUGGAUCUACUGUUCACUCUGGAUCUACUGUUCACUCUGGAUCUACUGUUCAUUCUAGAUCUACUGUUCACUCUGGAUCUACUGUUCACUCUAGAUCUACUGUUCACUCUAGAUCUACUGUUCACUCUGGAUCUACUGUUCACUCUGGAUCUACUGUUCAUUCUGGAUCUACUGUUCAUUCUGGAUCUACUGUUCACUGUAGAUCUACUGUUCACUCUGGAUCUACUGUUCACUCUGGAUCUACUGUUCAUUCUAGAUCUACUGUUCACUCUGGAUCUACUGUUCACUCUGGAUCUACUGUUCAUUCUAGAUCUACUGUUCACUCUGGAUCUACUGUUCACUCCAGAGUGUUUGUGACUGUUUUUUAAAUCUGAUUUGACUGACUGAUCUGAUGUGGAAUAGAGUUCCAUGUAGCCAUGGCUCUAUGAAUCUGAUUUUACUGACCUGAUGUGGAAUAGAGUUCCAUGUAGUCAUGGCUCUAUGAAUCUGAUUUUACUGACCUGAUGUGGAAUAGAGUUCCAUGUAGUCAUGGCUCUAUGAAUCUGAUUUUACUGACCUGAUGUGGAAUAGAGUUCCAUGUAGCCAUGGCUCUAUGAAUCUGAUUUGACUGACUGACCUGAUGUGGAAUAGAGUUCCAUGUAGCCAUGGCUCUAUGAAUCUGAUUUUACUGACCUGAUGUGGAAUAGAGUUCCAUGUAGCCAUGGCUCUAUGAAUCUGAUUUUACUGACUGACCUGAUGUGGAAUAGAGUUCCAUGUAGUCAUGGCUCUAUGAAUCUGAUUUUACUGACUGACCUGAUGUGGAAUAGAGUUCCAUGUAGCCAUGGCUCUAUGAAUCUGAUUUGACUGACUGACCUGAUGUGGAAUAGAGUUCCAUGUAGCCAUGGCUCUAUGUAGUGCUGUGCACCUCCCAUAGUCUGUUCUGGACUUGGAAAUGUCUUGAGUCAAUAAGUAUUCAGGCCCUUUGUCAUGGCAAGCCUAAAUAAGUUCAGGAGUAGAAAUUUGCUUAACAAGUCACAUAAUAAGUUGCAUAGACUCACUCUGUGUGCAAUAAUAGUGUUUAAAAUGAUUUUUUAAUGACCACCUCAUCUCUGUACACCACAUACAAUUGUAUGUAAGGUCCCUCAGUCGUGUAGUGAAUUUCAAACACAGAUUCAAUCACAAAGACCAGGGAGGUUUUCCAAUGCCUCGCAAAGAAAGGCUGGGUUUAAUGUCGAAGACACAUUUUGGUUGAAUUCAUUCAGUUGUGCAACUGACUAGGUAUCCUCUAUCCCUACUGGUAAAUAGGUAAAAAUAUAAAAAGCAGACAUUGAAAAUCCCUUUGAGCAUUGUGAAGUUAUUCAUUACUUUGGAUGGUGUAUCAAUACACACAGUCAAUACAAAGAUAUAGGUGUCCUUCCUAACUCAGUUGCCAGAGAGGAAGGAAACCGCUCAGGGAUUUCACUAUGAGGCCAAUGGUGACUUUAAAACAGUUGCAGAGUUUAAUGGCUGUGAUAGGAGAAAACCUGAGGAUGGAUCAACAACAUUGUAGUUACACCACAAUACUAACCUAAUUGACAGAGUGAAAAGAAGGAAGUGUGUACAGAAUAAAAAUAUUCCAAAACGUGCAUCCUGUUUGCAACAAGGCACUAAAGUAAUACUGCAAAAAAUGUGGCAAAGCAAUUCACUUUUUGUCCUGAAUACAAAGUGUUAUGUUUGGGGCAAAUCCAAUACAACACAUUACUGAGUACCACUCUCCAUAUUUUCAAGCAUAGUGGUGGCUACAUCAUGUUAUGGGUAUGCUUGUAAUUGUUAAGUACUUUGGAGUUUUUCAGAAUAAAAAUAAACGGAAUUGAGCUAAGCACAGGCUAAAUCCUAGAGGAAAACCUGGUUCAAUCUGCUUUCCACCAGACACUGGGAAAUUAAUUAUCCUUUCAGCAGGACAUUAACCUAAAACACAAGGCCAAAUUUACACUGGAGUUGCUUACCAAGAAGACCGUGAAUGUUUCUGGGUGGCCGAGUUACAAUUUUGACGUAGCCCUUUCCUUCAGUCAAAUUACCUAAUGGCCUCAUGGGUGGAAUGUUAUUAAUAUUAUUCAUAAUUUCAUAAUUUAAAAAAAUAAUUUCUAUGUCAAACUGUUCUGUUAUAUUUCAGUCUUCUGUGGUGUAUAUAAAGUGUAAUAUUGGGACGCAAACUCAAAAUGUAAUACAUUUCAAUUCUAUAUCUGACAUGGUACAGGAGUCUUCUUUCUUUAAGUCCAUAACCAUGUGUGUGAGGUGUGUACUCUUGUUUCAAAGUAGAUUUGUUUAAGACUACCAAGAAACACUAUGUGUGACCCUGAUUUAGCCCUGCAGUGAAAGGUUAAAUCUACUUGAAAAUCUAUGGCAAGACCUGAAAAUGGUUGUCUAGCAAUGAUCAACAACCAUUUUGAAGAAUUUUUAAAGGAAUAAUGGGCAAAUGUUGCACAAUCCAGGUGUGGAAAGCUCUUAGAGACUUACCCAGAAAGACUCACAGCUGUAAUCACUGCCAAUGUGCUUUUACAAAAUAUUGACUCAGGGGUGUGAAUACUUACAUUAAUUAGAUAUUUCUGUAUUUCAUUUAAAUACAUUUGCAAAAAAAAUUUUUAACACGUUUUCACUUUGUCAUUAUGGGGUAUUGAGUGUCGAUGGGUACAAAAAUAUAUAUUUAAUUCAUUUUGAAUUCAGGCUGUAACACAACAAAAUGUGGAAUAAAUCAAGGGGUAUGAAAACUUUCUUAAUGUCAUUAUUUGGCAAUAGUUACAACACACCGACCUGAUCUAAUUUACAAGAUGGGAAUAGGUAGAAUUCUAGAUAGCUGAGCAUCUCAAAGAGAACUCUCUGUCGUCUUCUUGUUAUCCACACCACAUAUACCAUGUAGAACACUCAUGUGUCUGAUAAAGAAUCACACCAUCUUUCGUCAUUGCAUUUCUAUCUGGACAUUCAUUUGUUAUCGAAGUGUGGUAGUGUUGCUUCUGAUAGAAACAUAUCCAGAACAUGGAUCACUGCACCUGUACACAGCCCAUCUGUAAUUAGCCCACCCAACUACCUCAUCCCAACCACCUCAUAUUGUUAUUUAUUUUGCUAAUUUGCACCCCAGUAUCUCUAUUUGCACAUCAUGUUCUGCACAUCUAUCACUCCAGUGUUAAUACUAAAUUGUAAUUAUUUUGCACUAUGGCCUAUUUAUUGCCUUACCUCCAUAACUUACUACAUUUGCACACACUGUAUAUAUAUUUUCUGUUGUAUUUUUGACUUUAUGUUUUGUUUACCCCAUAUGUAACUCUGUGUUGCUGUAGUUUUUAUCGCACUGCUUUGCUUUAUCUUGGCCAGGUCGCAGUUGUAAAUGAGAACUUGUUCUCAACUGGCUUACCUGGUUAAAUAAAGGUCAAAUAAAAUAAAAUAAAUAAUGGUUGCUAUAUUCUCAGAAUAUCAGAAAUAUGUAUAUUUACAGAAUGUCUGUACUUUCUCACAUUGACCAUUUAACCAAUGAUGAUGCCAGUUAUACCAAAACAACACAGAGUUUCAUCUCAAAGUCUUAAUGUGGAAAAAUAGACAAAUUGAAACAGAAUCACUUAGGACCAGUGUUGGGGUAAAAGUACUGUAUUUAAAAGUACUGUAUUUAAAAGUACUGUAAAGGAGUAAUAUAAUUAGUUACUUCUUUAAUGAUUGUAAUAUUAUUACGGUUACUUUUUCAAGUAGGCUCCAAGGCACAAAGCUGGUAGCCAAAAGUUCCAGCAAUGCGUGAAAGAGGAGAAAUCUAUACACAUUAUGACAAUAAACAAGGAUGAAUCAUAUGUCCAAGUGAUCUAACAACAUUUCCAUAUAAACAUUCAAAAUGUCUGAUAAAUGCAAUUCAAAAUGGCUAAAAUGAAAUGAACAUAUAUUGCAAAGAACUCAGCUCUCUCAGCUCUCUCUCAGCUCUCUCAGCUCUCUCUCAGCUCUCUCUCAGCUCUCUCUCAGCUCUCUCAGCUCUCUCUCAGCUCUCUCUCAGCUCUCUCUCAGCUCUCUCUCAGCUCUCUCUCAGCUCUCUUAGCUCUCUCAGCUCUCUCAGCUCUCUCUCAGCUCUCUCAGCUCUCUCUCAGCUCUCUCUCAAGCUCUCUCUCAGCUCUCUUAGCUCUCUCUUAGCUCUCUCUCAGCUCUCUCUCAGCUCUCUCUCAGCUCUCUCUCAGCUCGCUCUCGCUCUCUCUCAGCUCUCUCAGCUCUCUAUCAGCUCGCUCAGCUCUCUAGAUCUCUCUUCGGCUCUUCAGCUCUUUCCGCUCUUCAGCUCUCUCUCAGCUAUCUCCAGCUCUCUAAGCUCUCUCUCAGCUCGCUCUCAGACUCUCUCAGCUCUCUCGCAGCGCUCUCAAGCUCUCUCAGCUCUCUCUCGGCUCUCUCAGCUCUCUCUCCGCUCUCUCAGCUCUCUCUCAGCUCUCUCUCAGCUCUCUCUCAGCUCUCUCUCAGCUCUCUCAGCUCUCUCAGCUCUCUCUCAGCUCUCUCAGCUCUCGCGGCUCGCUCUCAGCUCUCUCUGCUCAGCUCUCUCUCAGCUCUCUCACUCUCUCUCAGCUCGCUCUCAGCCUCUCUCAGUCUCUCCCAGCUCUCUCAGCUUCUUCUCAGCUCUCUCUCAGCUCUCUCUCAGCUCUCUCAGCUCUCUCUCCAGCUUCUCUCGCAGCUCUCCUCAGCUCUACUUCAGCUCUCGUCAGCUCUCUCUCAGCUCUCUCAGCUCUCUCGCAGCUCUCUCAUCUCUCUCUCAGCUCUCUCUCAGCUCUAUCUCAGUCUCUCUCAGCUCUCUCAGCUAUCUCUCAAGCUCUCUUCAGCUCUCUCUCAGCUCCUCAGCUCUCUCUCAGCUCUUAUCAGCUCGCCUCAUGCUCUCUCAGCUCUCUAUCAGCUCUCUCAGCUCUCUCUCAGCUCUCUCAGCUCUCUCAGCUCUCUCUCAGCUCUCUCUCAGCUCUCCUCAGAUCUCUUUCAGCUCUCUUCAGCUCUCUCUUCAGCUCAUAUCAGCUCUCUCAGCUAUCUAUAGCUCUCUCAGCUCUCUUCUAGCUCUCUAUUCAGCUCUAUCAGCUCUCUCUCAGCUUUUCUCUCUCAUCUCUCUCAGCUCUCUUCUCAGCCUUCUCUCUCAGCUCUCUCAGCUUCUCCAGAUCUCUCAGCUCUCUUCUCAGCUCUCUCUCAGCUCUCUCUCAGCUCUCAUCAGCUCUCUCUCAGUCUCUCUCAGCCUCUCAGCUCUCUCUCAGCUCUCUUCAGCUAUCUCUCAGCUCUCUCUCAGCUCUCUGUCAGCUCUCUCUCAGCUCUCUCAGCUCUCUCAGCUCUCUCAGCUCUCUCUCAGCUCUCUCAGCUCUCUCAGCUCUCUCUCAGCUCUCUCUCAGCUCUCUCAGCUCUCUCUCAGCUCUCUCUCAGCUCUCUCAGCUCUCUCUCAGCUCUCUCAGCUCUCUUCAGCUCUCUCUCGCUCUCUCCAGCUCUCUCUCAGCUCUCUUCAGCUCUCUCUCUCAGCUCUCUACAGCUCUCUCAGCUCUCUCUCCAGCUCUCUCGCUCUCUCUCAGCUCUCUCAGCUCUUCUAUCAGCUCUCUCUCAGCUCUCUCUAGCUCUCUCAGCUCUCUCUCAGGCUCUCUCUCAGCUCUCUCUCAGCUCCUCUUCAGCUCUCUCAGCCUCUCUUCUCUCAGCUCUCUCAUCUCUCUCAGCUCUCUGCAGCUCUCUCUCAGCUCUCUCUCAGCUCUCUCUCAAGCUCUCCUCUCAGCUCUCCUCAGCUCUCUCCUCUCAGCGACUUCUCUCAGCUCUCUCUCACUCUAUCUCAGCUCUCUCUCAGCUCUCUCAGUCUCUCCUCCAGCUCUCUCUCAGCCUCUCUCAGCUCUCCUCUCAAGCUCUCUAGCUCUCUCAAGAUCUCCUCUCCGCUCCUAUCAAGCUCUCUCAGCUCUCUCCGCUCUCUCAGCCCUCUCUCCAGCUCUCCUCUCAUCUCUCUCAGCUCUCUCCAGGCUCUCUCUCAGCUAUCUCUCAGCUCUCUCAGUCUCUCUCAGCUCUCUCAGCUCUCUCUCGCUCUCUCUCAGCUCUCCUCAGCUCCUCUCAGCUCUCUCAGCUCUCUCUCAGCUCUCUCUCAGCCUCCUGCUCAAGCUCUCUAUCAGCUCUCUCAGCUCUGCUCAAGAUCUCUCUCAGCUCUCUCAGCUCUCUCUCAGCUCUUCUAGCUCUCCUCAGGCUCAGUCUCAGCUCCUCUCUCAGAUCUCUCAGCUCUAUCAGAUCUCCUCUCAGCCUCUCAAGCGUCCUCGUAGCCUCUCAAGCUCUCUCUCAGCUCUCCCAGCUCUCUUCAGCUCCUCUCAGCUCUCUCAGCUCUCUUAAGCUCUCGUCCAGCCUUCUCAGCUCUCUUCAUCAGUCUUUUACUAUAUCUAGAUCUCUGAAGAUAUCCUCAAGAUCUCUAUCAGCUCUCUGCAGCUCUAUCAGCUCUCUCAGCUCUCAUCAGCUAUGAGAGAAGCUACUAUACUAAGAUAGAUGAAGAUGAGAUCUAG